AUGUCGCUCUCACAAGCCCAGUUAUCCGCAAUCUCGCUCACAGAGCGUAUUUGCUCAGCAGUCUCGCUAGUUGGCACCUUCGUCAUUGUCACUACGUUCAUCGGGUUCCGUUCAUUUCGCAAGCCUAUUAAUCGUCUCGUCUUCUACGCCUCGUGGGGAAAUAUCAUGGCUAAUAUCGCGACUUUGAUAUCUCAGUCAGGCAUACAGGCUGGCUUUGGGAGUUCUUUAUGUCAAUUCCAGGGCUUCUUAAUUCAAUGGUUUAUGCCGGCAGAUGCUUUAUGGACUUUCGCUAUGGCUUGCAACGUCUACUUGACAUUUUUCCACAGGUAUAAUUCGGAGCAAUUACGCCAGCUGGAAUGGAAUUAUGUGCUAUGCUGCUACGGUCUCCCCUUUAUACCAGCAUUUGCAUACUUCUUUAUCAAGACAGAAUUACGAGGUCGUGUGUAUGGUUCUGCUAUAGUAGGUUUCCGCAAUGAUCCCACUUCUCUUUUCCGGCUGCUGAUCCCUUUCAAGUUAUGGUGCUGGGUCGCCGUUCCUUGGGACUUUCUCCGCAUCGCUGUCUUCUAUGGCCCCGUGUGGUUUGUCAUCUCCCUCACAUUUGCUAUCUACUUGCGCGCCGGAUCCUUGAUCUACCAAAAGCGGCGCCAAUUACGAGACCUCGGCGGCAUUGAUUCAAUGGAUAGCGAUACACACCCAGUCAUGAAGUUGGCAGGCAUUCAGGUCACCAGCGAGAUCGCCUGUUCUUCACCAGUACGCCAUUCAAUGUCAAGCACCGAAAUACAGCCCGUACGCAGCUUCACUGCAACUUCAUUCUGUCCAUACUCUGUCACCAUCGAAGGUGGGCCCUUAGACCCCAUCAGAGGGCUUCAACGCGCCGGUACGAUGCCGCUCCACGGGCCAGCAUUCAGUUCUAGGCCGGGUUCAAGUCCACUUCGUCCAGAAGUAGCAUUGACAAACGCUCGAUUUGAGGUGGUAGACUCAUUUCAUGCUCAGAGACGAGCAGUGGCUACCGAUGUCAACUUGGCUGCGUGUGCUUAUACGAAAUACGCCGUGAUGUUUUUCAUCGCGCUUCUUGUAACAUGGGUCCCAUCCACUGCAAACCGGGUUUACGCUCUUGCUCGCCCGAAUUCUUUUUCUUUUGGACUCAACUAUGCCUCUAGCUUCGUUCUUCCUCUACAGGGCUUUUGGAAUAGUCUUAUUUACAUCAACAUUUCAUGGCCUGCAUUUAAAGCUCUUUGGGCAAAAACGCGAGCCCAGGGCGCUUUCACACCCACAAACAUGCAUCUCCGGAGUUGA